GAAUAGAAUCGACUCUAAUGAUGUGGCUAUAAAAACCAAGAGCUAGCCACAAAUGUGCAACAGUCAGCAAAACUUGGGAAUAUGUGGAAGCAACAGACUCUGAGCAUUACUCUCUAUACUUUGUUGGCCCUAGGCCAAGCCCUGCCAGUGGAUGUACCACGCUACAAUCAGCUGGGGUACAAGCAGCCACAAUUGAGCAACUCAAGUGGCUACAACAACUUUGUGCCCACCACCGAUCGACUGGGCGUUACAGCGACUACGCCCGCACCACAAUUUGAAUAUGCUUUGCUGGGUCAGGACCCGGAGGAUCAACACUGGUAUCGGGUCAGUCUUACCCCAACGGGUCAGAAGUCUGGCUAUCGUGCCCAGUUUGCAACACGAAAAUCGCCACCGUACGAUGCACAGCAGGCACACAAGCACGACAAGACCAUCAAGGAGCUGCUCAACUUCCUGGAAAAAUCCGAAGAGCAUAAUCUGCUGAAGGUCUAUGGGCAGCUGCUGGCCAGCGAGGACUACAACGAUCAGGAGGGCAAAAGCAAGCGCAAUGUGGAUAAAAUUGAAAUUGAAUUGGAUAACGAUCUGGAUGUGAGAAAUCUGAAAACCGAUCCGAAUCGGCCGCUGCUUCUAGUUGGCGAGCUGCAAGGAAAUACGCCCGGCAGCAGCCACAAUGCCAGUGAUUCGUCAAUGGUCAAGAAUUUUGUUUACUUUAUAAAGGGUUUGAAAUGAGAACGUUCAUUAAUUAUUAAUGCCGGCAUUUCAAAGCACUAGAGGCUGCAGCAGCAAUUUGAAUAUAAUAAAAGUUUAUUCAAUGCAAACUAUUUAUCUUUAAAGUUCUCUCAUUUUCUGCAUUAAUUAAUCAGAUUUAAGUUAACAUACGAUUAAUAAAUAAGUAAAGUAA